GCAAACAUGAAAUUUGGCUUAAGUUUGUGUGGGUGUAGAAAAUCACAACAUUAAAAGCAUUCUCGAUUAAAAAUUUUUGAUGAGAAUAAAGAACAAGAUUCAAAUUCCAAAAAUGUUUGAUGAGAAUAAAGAACAAGAUUCAAAAAUGAAAAUCAAGUACUUAUUCAUUCAAAGGAAUUCAACCCCAAUGAAAAUUCAAUAGGAAAAGGAGAUUGAACGAGAAGACAUAGGACUAAUUCUGAGAUUAUGAAGGCAACAUGAGCUUAUUCCGCAUUAGAUAUUCUCCUUCUUAGAACAUAUAUUCGAAUCAAAAUGGAUGUUAUAGCAGAAAAUUAUCAGCUCAAGUGGCACUCGUUCAGCUCUUAUAUGCAUUCUUGUGUUGCUGGUGCAUUGUUCAACGAAACAUUUGCGGAUGUGGCUCUUUACACAGUUGAUGGCCUGUGUGUCAUGGCCCACAAGUUUAUAUUAUCUUCUUGCAGCCAGUACUUCCACCAGGUUUUGAAGUUAGCUCCUCGCAUGGUUACCACUUUACCACUCGUAGUCGUUCUUCCACCAGAAAUUUCGUAUAAAACUCUUAAAAUUCUGGUCCAAUACAUGUACAGUGGUGAAUCCACAGUUUCUAAAGAUAUUCUACAGCAAGUUCUAAGAGGCGGUGACAUAUUGAAAGUGAAGGGUUUAUGGAGACCCAAAGAAGAGCAAGAAGCACCUCAAAAAAAAGUUGUAAAGUCUCCGGUGAAUAAUUCCUCCCAAGUGGCCCAACAAGAACCAGAAAAACAGAGAAGUGACAAAUCGAAAAUUAACGAAAGGCCAAAAGUUCUCAAUUACCCUAUGAAUAUAAACCAGGAAAAGAGCAAUAACAGAGAAAGCAGCGGCAGUUCCGACAUCGUAUCGACAAAUAAGAAGAAAGAAGCGCUACCAAAAGAGAAUCACCUUCAGAAUAGCGUGAUCAAAUGUACCCAGAGCGAGAAAUCUGCGCCUUCGACGACUAAACGCAAGGACUGCGAAAAGACCGAAAUCCCGAACGCCACGACGCCAAAUAACGAAACUGUCCAGUUCUUAGUGAUCAAGGAGGAACCGUUGGAAUGGUCGGAGAUGGCCGACGCGGACAUGGAGCUGGUGGAGUCCAAGGAUGUGUUCAGCACGGAGAUAACCAUAAAACCGGAAAUAUUCGCCGAUACUGAUAGCGGAGGCAGCAGCGAAAACCUGUACACGCCACUGACUUGCGAGCUGUGCAGCGAAACGUUCUCGGUGCCCGCCGAGUGGGUCAGGCACGUUCAGACCCACACGGACAUGCUGCCGGCGAAGAGACAACGAAGAGGCAGACCAGCACCGGACGAAGAGAAUGCACCAUUUCCUCCUCUCACUUGUGAUAUGUGUCAAAACAUGUUUCCAACACCAGCCGAAUGGGUUCAUCACAUUCAAAAUACUCACACGGAGUUCGAGCUCCACUGGACGAAUAUACAUUUGAAUAAAUCUGGAGAUGGUACGAAAAUGCAGAAACAUUCCAAACAUUUAGGACCCAUACAAAAGGUUUGUUCCGUCUGCACCAAGAAGUUUCCAUCUCACGCUUCCAUGUUGAUUCACAAGAGAACACACACCGGGGAAAAACCGUACGCUUGCGAAUACUGUAUGAAAGGUUUCAAUGUGAAAAGCAACCUCUUGAGGCAUUUAAGAACGUUACACGACAAAAUAAUUCAGCCAACAGAUGUGGACGGAUUGCUAUUCAAAGAGGAAGAGGGAAAAAACGAUUGAUCUUCUUCAUCAACUUUGUAAAUAGGUACAUCUAUAUUAUAUUCUUCAUAUUAAAAUAAUGGCAAAAACAAAAUGAAAAUUGUUUAUAACUG